AUGGAGAAACCACCUGCGCCAUCUCUUUUGGAGUCUGCUCCUGUUCUUUCCAGUGUCGUAGAUUUACCAACACCACGAGUCUCAUGGCUCGAGGCAAAGAUCAAGCCAAAGACUGUCCAUGCUCGCUAUCCCUUCAGGGGUAAACCUCUGCUGUGGAUGACCUGCGCUUUUGGUAGUCUCGGCGAUGCUCUAUUUGGCUACGAUCAGGGUGUCGUGGCCGGCCUCUUGGUGAACCCCGUGUUCCUCAAGAGAUUCUUCGCAGACUACGGAGGCGCCAAAGGUUCAAGCGAGCACAUCAACCCCUCCAUCACAGGGAUCCUCGUCGCAUGUCUGCAAAUCUCCGCCGCCAUCGGCUCUCUAAUGGCCGGCAACAUUGGCGACAUGAUUGGCAGAAAGAGAUGCGUUCGACUAGGCGGCUUCGUUUACUUUGCCUCCGCCUUCAUUCAAGCCUUUGCCCCCGACUACGCGACAUUCAUAGCCGGACGAACGAUCCAAGGAUUCGGCGUUGGUUUUCUGUCGAUGACCGUCCCCAUCAUCCAGACCGAGAUCGCCGCACCGCACCGCCGUGGCCUCAUGGUAGGGAUCGAAUACACAUUUCUCAUCGGGGGCUACGCACUGUCGACGUGGGUCGAUUUCGGCUUCUACCACCUCGUGCCAAAGAGCGAGUCCUGGCAGGGUCCCUACUUCAUCCAGAUGGGCCUCGCCUUCAUCCUCUUCGCCAUGUCCUUCAUUCUACCCGAAACACCCCGCUGGCUCGCCCGCAACGGCUUCACGCAGGAGUGCAUACAGACAGUUGCCGACCUGCACACGCCUGACGGUAACACGCAUGCUAAACACGUCCAGCAGGUCAUGCUCGAGAUUAGCGAAGCGGUUCGCUACGAGGCGACUCUUGGACAAUCUUCAUGGCGAGAGAUGUUCACACGUUAUCGAAAGCGUACCAUUGUCGGCAUGACUGCGCAAAUGUUUGCCCAGCUGAAUGGAAUCAACGUCAUCUCGUUCUAUUUGCCCACGACCCUGGCCAAGGCUGGAAUGAGUCAGUCCAAGUCGCUGCUCUACACUGCCGCAAACUCGAUACCCUAUGUAGCUGCUACGACCUUAUCCUGGUGGCUCGCUGAUAAAUGGGGACGACGCCCAUUGUUGAUUCUUGGUGGCAUCCUCAUGGCUAUCGCCCUCAGCAUUGUCUGCGCCUUUACUGAGGCACAUAUACCCGACAUCACGGUGCGUGCCAAUGGCAUCUACGCCUUCGUCGUUGUCUACAACGCCAUCUACGGCUUCACCUGGGGUCCCAUGCCCUGGUUGCUCCCAGCUGAGAUCUUUCCACUGCGCGCUCGUAGCAAGGGCAUGGCGCUCGCCACUUGUUCGAACUGGGUAUUCAACUUCGCCAUCGGCAUGUCAGCUCCUGAUGCGUUCGCUAGCAUCGGGGGCUACUACUACGUCAUCAUCGCGGUAUUCUGCCUAAUAUCAGUGGCUCUGGCCAAGUUCUACUAUGUUGAGACAGCGAAUCACACCCUUGAGGAGAUUGCGCUUGCGUUUGGCGACAAAGCCUUUGUGGACGACGACGAAGCUGUAGUCGGCGCGGCGCACCUGAACCAAGGGAAGACGGAAGCGACUAGAACCAACGUUUGA